UGAAGAAGCUGAAAGCCGUGUGUUUACGUUUGUCCAUGUUCCCUCUCACCUGCGAGGCAACCACUAUGGCUGUGGUCUCCUAUUUAAUAUUGGGUCUUCCAUGGGUCUGGGGCUUUAUUUUAGGGUUUGUUCUUGGGGCCGUUUCUCCUGCUGUUGUGGUUCCGUCAAUGCUGCUCCUGCAUAAGGAAGGAUACGGUUUAGAGCAGGGUAUACCUACUCUUCUCAUGGCAGCAUGCAGCGUUGAUGACAUCAUCGCCAUUACCUGCUUCACCACCUGCUUGGGUAUAGCUUUUUCCACAGGCACUGUGUGGUUAAAUGUGCUGAGGGGACCACUGGAGGUAUUAGGUGGCGCGAUCACUGGUGUGGCCCUAGGGUACUUUCUACGUUACUUCCCCAGCAGAGACCAGAGAAAUCUCGUGCUGAAGCGUUCCUUCCUGUUGUUGGGGCUGGCCAUGUUUGCUUUGUUUGGCUGUAACGUGGCUGGGAUUCCUGGCGCAGGAGGACUCUGUUCGCUGGUGCUGACGUUUGUGGCUGGAAUAGGCUGGGGGAAUGCUAAGGCUCCAGUGGAAGCGGUGGUGGAGAGGUUUUGGCAUGUGUUCCAGCCUCUUCUCUUUGGUCUCAUCGGUGCUGAGGUUAUCAUUACAUCUUUGGAGGUCACGACUGUGUUUCUGGGCAUAGCAGCCCUGUUCAUCGCACUCACAGUACGCCUGCUUAUCACUUUUGUUGUGGUACUGCGAGCUGGCUUUAACCUGAAAGAGAAAGUCUUCAUCACUCUAGCAUGGAUGCCUAAAGCAACAGUACAGGCUGCCAUAGGCUCUACAGCUCUGGACAUGGCGCGCUCCAAGAGUGACCUUGAGCUGCAGAAGUACGCAUUAGUCGUUAACUUAGCAACAUGA